UAUAAGAUCAGUCAGAGACGCGGAAGCACAAUAGCGUGAAGCACGCAGAGACGCAGCUGAGUAGAUAUGGGUGUGCAAAUAAAAGUUGAAUACUGCGGCGGAUGAGGGUACGAGUCCCGCUUUCAGGAGCUCAAGCAGGUCGUCACUGCUGAGUUCACUGAUGCGGACGUGAGUGGCUUCGUCGGCCGCCAAGGGAGCUUUGAGAUUGAGAUCAACGGACAACUGAUUUUCUCAAAGCUGGAAACCAGUGGCUUCCCUUAUGAGGAUGAUAUUAUGAAUGCUAUCCAAAGAGCCUAUGAUGGCCAGCCGGUGGAGAAGAUCACCAAGAGCCGGCCUCCUUGUGUCAUCCUCUAAAGUUUCACCACUUGACCCUUCACUUUUGGCUCUAAAAAUGUCUAAACGGUCAAGAUUUUGAACGGUUCUGUUAACAUAACUUAAAGAUCUAGAGAAAGAGUGUAUUGAUGUAGGAUCCUUAAACGUCCCCUCCUCUUCACUCCUCCGGUCUGGUUGCUGGACGUAAAUGAUUAUCGUAACUCUAAAGUGAGCAGUUACGGUAUGAGGCCUGCAGUCCACGCAUCCUUUAAGCAGGAGGAGCAAGAUGCGGGGAUGCUAAGGAGGAGGCCAAUGGAAGGGUUAAGGUCUUUUUUUGUUGAAGCCACAUUGCCUACUGGGGUCACUUUUCGUCUGCUGAUUAUUUGUUUUUGUUUUGGGGGAUUUGAAGAGAAUAUACUAAUGUACUAAACGUUUGCUGUAAGAAGGGAAUGCCUAAAGCUUGGGUCAUUAUUUUUGGGUGU